AUGGAAGCUGUGGAAUCGUACUUUCUGCAACAUGGAACUAAAUCUGGACACGGAAAAACAAGCGGUCGUACCUUAUCCAAUCUGUGCACUGGCGGUAAUCGUCAAUUACCUGAUCCGCUGGUUUUUGAGCAGUUUGUUGAGAAGUGGAAACCCAAACAUUCGGCUACCACAAAUCAUCUGCUGGCCGAGAUACAAAAGAAACUUUUCCCCUUAUGGCCCUUCUACCUUCAGGAAGGUUUCAAUAUCCUGCUGCACGGUGUUGGUUCCAAAAGACAGGUCUUGGAUGCGUUCAAAGAACAGGUCCUGUCCAAUUGCAAUUCGAUCGUCAUUCCGGGUUACGAUAACACAGUGAACAUACGUCAGGUAAUUUAG